UCAAUAAUUUUACAUUCAAAAUAAAAUUAUUUAUGUCAAUCAUACCAAUGCCAUGGCAACAGCAGCAUCUUCCUCACUCCUCCAACCGCAGCAGCAACAAGCAAAUUCAGGAGAAGUUGUUUCAACUUCAAGCUCUAGUAGUAGUGCUUGGCAAUCAUCAGGAUCUAUUGCACCAUUUUUUGCUGUGAUCAUUAUUCUUACUAUUCUUGCUGUGCUCUCUUGCUAUUUGAGUAGAAUGUGUAAUCGAAGGGAACUUACACCAUUGGAGAGUAUCAAAGGUAGAGGUUGUUUGGGAUGGCUGAAGCGUCGGUGUCGAGAGUGUAUGUGUAGAGACGUUGAAGUUGGGGGUGUUGGUGCUAAGGUUAUGGUUUGUGAUGAGGAAAAUUAUGAUUGUAAAGUUUAAAAUGGUGAUGAUGGACGUCUUGUACGAUUGAAUGUUACUAUACUUUAUGAAUCUAUAUAUAUUUAGCUAGCUACUACCUUAUCAAUUCAACAAUAUUUCUCGCUUUUAACCA